GCCAUGGCCUUCACAGACCUGCUGGAUGCCCUGGGAGGCGUGGGUCGCUUCCAGCUUGUCUAUACAGCCUUGCUGCUGCUGCCCUGUGGGCUGCUGGCUUGCCAUACCUUCCUACAGAACUUCACGGCUGCUGCACCCCCUCACCACUGCCAACAUCCUGCCAACUACACAGAACCUACCACCAAUGUCUCAGGGGUCUGGCUGAGGGCUGCCAUACCCCUGAACCAGCAUGGGGACCCCGAGCCGUGCCGGCGCUAUGUAGAACCUCAGUGGGCCCUUCUGAAACCCAACGCCUCCUCCCAUGGGGUGGCCACCGAGGGCUGCAAGGAUGGUUGGGUCUACGACCGAAGCAUUUUCCCAUCUACCAUUGUGAUGGAGUGGGACCUGGUGUGUGAGGCCCGCACCCUUCGUGACCUGGCUCAGUCCAUCUACAUGUCCGGGGUGUUGGUGGGAGCCGCCUUGUUUGGUGGUCUUGCUGACAGGUUGGGUCGCAAGGCCCCACUGGUGUGGUCGUACCUGCAGCUGGCAGUUUCGGGGGCUGCCACAGCGUAUGUGGGCUCCUUCAGUGCCUACUGCGUCUUCCGCUUCCUGAUGGGCAUGACCUUCUCCGGCAUCAUCCUUAACUCCCUCUCCCUGGUUGUAGAAUGGAUGCCAACCAGAGGCCGUACAGUAGCAGGCAUCUUGUUGGGUUUCUCCUUCACCUUGGGCCAGCUCAUCCUGGCUGGCGUGGCAUACCUGAUCCGGCCCUGGCGGUGGCUGCAGUUUGCUGUGUCUGCUCCUUUUCUGGUCUUUUUCCUCUAUUCUUGGUGGCUUCCAGAGUCAUCCCGAUGGCUCCUCCUUCACGGCAAGGCCCAGCAAGCUGUGCAGAACCUUCAGAAGGUGGCCAUGAUGAAUGGCAGGAAGGCGGAAGGGGAGAGGCUGACUACAGAGGUGGUGAGCUCCUACAUCCAGGAUGAGUUUGCAAGUGUCCGCACCUCCAACUCCAUCUUGGACCUCUUUAGAACCCCUGCCAUCAGAAGGGUCACGUGCUGUCUCAUGGGGGUCUGGUUCUCUAAUUCUGUGGCUUACUACGGCCUGGCCAUGGACCUGCAGAAGUUUGGGCUCAGCAUCUACCUGGUACAGGCUCUGUUUGGGAUCAUCGAUAUCCCGGCCAUGCUGGUCGCCACCACCACGAUGAUUUAUGUGGGACGACGGGCCACAGUGUCCUCCUUCCUCAUACUAGCUGGGCUCAUGGUCAUUGCCAACAUGUUUAUGCCUGAGGAUCUGCAGACCUUGCGGACAGUGCAGGCAGCGCUGGGCAAAGGCUGCCUGGCCAGCUCCUUCAUCUGCGUGUAUCUGUUCACGGGAGAACUCUAUCCCACAGAGAUCAGGCAGAUGGGGAUGGGAUUUGCUUCUGUCAAUGCCCGCCUCGGAGGCUUGGUGGCACCCCUGAUCACCACACUUGGCGAGAUCAGUCCAGUUCUGCCACCUGUAUCCUUUGGUGCCACUUCAGUCUUGGCUGGAAUGGCUGUCGCCUGCUUCCUGACUGAGACCCGCAAUGUGCCACUGGUAGAAACUAUUGCUGCAAUGGAGAGACGAGUCAAACAAGGCCGUUCCAAAAGAGACACAGAACAGAAGAGUGAAGAAAUUUCUCUUCAGCAGCUGGGGGCUUCACCCCUCAAAGAAACCAUUUAAGUUGUCAGGACCCUGACGCUGAGCUCAGCCUGUGCUAGGAGGGAGUGUCCAAGUCCUGCUAGGAGAUCCUGGUGCAGAACUCCAUGCAAAGCCAGAGGGCAUCGUGGACUUUGCUGGGGAGCCACACCCAAGCCCAAGCAGAAAGCUCAGGAAGGGGAAGUAUCCUCCAGGGACCCAAGGAGAUCAUGUUGUCCACUGCAAUAAAAGCACUACUGUCCAGGGC